CACUGAGUCCUCUGAAGUACCCCCUCAUGUGAAUUUACCAGUAAGCAUAAUGUCUUCUAAGAGUACAGUAGCCUACCCUCUAUAUUAGGUAGUUUUGCACCAGGGAUUGCUCUAAAUAAUGCUCAUAGUUCCUGUCAUGUAGCUUCUGUAUCAUUGGUCGAGCUGCAUCCAAGAACCGCCUGCUGAUGUCAAUUCAAGUUUCCACACUGCUGGAGGUUGUAUUCUUAAACAGAAAACACACCACCUUUCUCACUUUUGCGUCUGCUGCUGUUCAAAUUCCAGCGGCGUCAGUAGAUCCCAAUUGCUAUGGAUUUAAGUCACAUGUGGUUCAACUUCUUCUCCAUCUUCUGUCUCACUGGCAGCUCCAGGGCAGUAGGAGAAUUCUGUAAGGACUACGGAGAAGAGUUUGAGCGGGUCUUUUCAGUACCUGGUGAAUCUGCCAUGUUAAAUUCCACCCUGCGGGCACCAAAUGUCUUCAACUACACCAUCGUCCCCCAUAACAUCUCAUGGUACAACUCAAAAACAUGGAGAGAGCUGACAAGGGAGAAGGGAAAGAUUGUUGUGCGGGGGACAACAUUGUGGAUUUUUAACAUUGAGAUGGAAGACGCUGGGUACUACGUGUGUAUUAUAAGAACACCUUAUGGUUGCUUCAAGCAGUCAAAUCUACUGAUUGUGAACCAGACCAUCCCAGACAAAUGUGGUCGUCCUUAUACCACAGAACAGGUACUGACAAACAAGGCCAAUGAUAAACUGUCCUGCCCAUUGACUCAGCACAUCAGGAUAGUGGACAACUACACCAUCCAGUGGUACAAGGAAUGCGAACUCAUUACAAACGCCGGCAACCCACUGUGGGGCAGGUUUAAGACUUAUAAUGAGAAACUUUUAGUGGAUGAUGUCCGCCCUGAGGACAGUGGGUUCUACACCUGCAUCAUGACCUUUAACCUGGAAGGACAUAGAGGCAGGAUUUCAGACACUAUAGAGGGUACUGUGAAAAUGUCGUUCAGCCUGGUGCCCUCAGUAGUUGAACCUCUCAAUAAUAUCAUCAAAGCCGAUUUGGGUUCUCCUCUCAGGAAGAGGUGUCGGGUGUUUGUCCCGGGUGUGGGGAAACAUAGGGUGUCUGUUUUUUGGGCGGCUGAAGAUAAAUUUAUUUCUGAAAAGAUCUCAGAGGACAACUUUCAGGAACCAAAAAGUGAGAGGAAAGCUGAGAAUGGUGUUUGGUUGGAACGUGUAUUGAAUUUCCCAGUGGUGAAAGAGGAACAUUUUUACCUCAACUACACGUGUCAGGUGUCGAGCGACAGAGCCUUCGUUUCAGCAUUCUUCACACUACUGCCUACAGAUGCAAACCACCUGCUCCCUCUUUGGAUUCUACUAACCGGUCUGUUGAUGUUAACUGGUAGUGCUUUUAUAUAUCGUCCCUUCAAAAUUGACAUUGUGCUGAUGUUUAGGAGGAUGUUCCCGUUUCUCUACACAAACACAGACUCUGAUGGGAAGGUAUAUGACGCGUACGUCACAUACCCAAGCCUGUUUGGGGGUGAGGUCAGUGGUGAGGCAGAAAUGUUUGCCCUCCAUAUGUUGCCCCAGUUCCUGGAGGGAAAGUGUGGCUACAAGCUUUUCAUCCUGGGCCGGGACAGCCUACCAGGGCAAGCCAUAGUCGAUGCUGUAGAGGAGAGCAUUCAGGCAAGUCGGCGCCUCAUCCUGGUCUACUCUGGUACUACAUUCUGUAGUAGAGGCCACAGUGACAAAGACAGUCCCGUGGAAGCGUGGCAGAGCUUCGAGAGGCAAACGGCCAUGCACCGUACUCUUCUAGAGGGCUCCCUGCAAGUGAUCCUGGUGGAGUUGGAAGAGAUUACUCCCACACAGCUGGCCUUUUUCCCUGAGUCGGUGCUCCACCUCCGGAGGCGCCAGGGCGCUAUCUGCUGGUGGAAGAGCAGCAGGGUGAGGCGGAACAGAGGGUUAAAAUGUGGGGGAUGUAGAGAAAUGAAUGAGGGGGAGGACAGGAGAGGGGAACUGGCAUCGGCCUCUGUCUUCUCACCCUCUCUCUCUUCAUCCUCACGCUUCUGGAAGGAACUGAGGUAUUAUAUGCCUGUGAGAGGCAAGAGGAUGAGCUGCCCUGAGAGAACAGCCUGCUGAUCUUGUGUUGGGACGGAUGGGCUGUUGGGCAGGACUGAAAUUUCGUGAUUUUAGGUGCAAGACCAGUUGGCCUUAACAAAGGGCCUAAUUUACCUGAAGACCAAGGCCGUCAGCCAGGACAAUAAGGCCAAUCAAGAAAAAAAAUCUAAUUACAUUGCUCCUAAAUGAAAAAAACACAUGUUUGUUAGGUGAAGCAAUGACUUUGGAAAAACUUUAGUGACUGAGAAAUGAUCUACCACCUCUGUUGCCCUACCUUAUUUUGUGUGUGUGUUCUCGUCAAACUAAUCUUUUGGUCUACCACUCAUUGUUGCAGCUAAAUAAAAUUUAACAAAAACCUACCUGACACCUACAUUUUUGGGCAGGCUUUUCUUUUUUAUUAUACAAUACACAAUGGCCCAAUAAAUACUAAAUACAACUAUCUACAUACCAUAGACUGUAUAAGUAUGCACCAUUUGUUGACUGUAUUUAUAGUUUGUACCAAAGAAGGCCAGUAAACAUUUUCUUCUCCUCUAAAAUAAUUGUACCUAAGUUGACCCGAGCCGAAUAUUUCUAAAGGGCAUGAUUAUCCUUAAAUUAUAGGCUUUAAAAAAUGUUGUCAUGAAUAAAUGUGGUAUAUAGAGAAUAAAAUACACCAAGCUAACAAAUCACUGCAAAUUUCAAGGAUACAUUUCCGGAGUAAAGGAAGAGGCA